AUGAACGACUGUCCUGACUGUGAAAGAAAACACAUAAGGACUAGAAGAUCUCACCACAGUCCUAGAAAACGUACGAAGUACCGAGCUGUCUCCGAGAGAAGGCGGUACAGCCCUGUAGGGUGUGAGUCGUGCAGUAGAGAAGAGCUACGACCUCGCAAACCGUUUUGUUCGCCCUGCGAUCCUUGUAGAGACAGGUGCUGCACUGCACCAGAGCCAGGGCUGUUGAACACAAUACGCAACAGCAUCCAACGGUUAUUCAGUGGAAGAAGGCCAAACCAACUUUAUUUGUACUCCAUGAGCCAACUCAGGUGUAUUGAACAGCUGUUGGACAGUCUGGAGGAGGAAACAUGCUGUGUCGAGGGGGUGAUCAAACAAUCCAUAGAGUGUGACUGUGGCACCAACUGUGAACAGCUCAGAUGUUCCUUGAACAACAUCUCGGAACGACUAGAGAGUGUUAAGUUUGACCUGAUGUGUGCCAAGGAUUGUUACGACCCUUGCAGAGACAGGUGCGAGUUUGAGUUUAUCUGUGGCUUGAUGGAGCGAGUUUAUACUCUGGAGAGACUUCUGCAGGAACUUUAUUUUCAACUCGAAUGUCUAAGAACUCCUUACUACAGGAAGCGUUGUUGCGAUUCCAAACCGUGCGAGAGGUAUUACUGCGGUCCUGAAACCUGUGAUCGGUCUGGGUGUUGCAGUCCUAAACCUUGUGAUAGGACUGGAUGCUGCAGUCUUAAACCUUGUGAUAGGACUGGCUGCUGCAGUCCUAAAACUAGCGAUAGGUCUUCUUGCUGCAAAAAAUGUGACACGGGAUGUAGAGUUUCUUGUUUUGAGAAACCCAAACGCUGCUCACCCAAUCUGGAUAACCUUGGUGAUGUUUGUCAGAAGGGUCUCUGUCGUAAAAACUCAGUAAUACCAGUUGGAGUAAUGCUUGUAAAGCUAUGA